UUCUCCGCAGUCUGCAGUGAAUAUGGCGUCACUGAAAAGUAUCCCGUCUGUAGAAACUUCCCCUCAGUAAACAUUACUAACGAGGAGGACAAACACGCCAAAAUUAUCUUCGUCAACACAUAUAUAUUUUUGUAGGUAUGCCCCGGAAAAAGCCAUUUAGCAACAAGCAGAAGAAGAAGCAGUUACAAGUCAAACGGGAGCGAAAACGAGGUGAAUCAGGGUCCGGGCCGAGUAGCCGCAAUGCCAGCGUGGAGCGAGGAGAGCGCCAGUCGGACACGUCAGACAGCGAAACCACAGAUGUCAGAAGACUAAACCAGCAGCCCGACAGCAGAGAAGGCAGAUAUGAUCCCAAUAGAUUUCGUCUGCACUUCGAAAAGGAGAGCAAAGAGGAUGUGGAAAAGCGGAAGAAGAUUGCCCAGGAGAAGAUUAUUCAGCCCGUCUCAGACAAAGAACUGGAGAUCGGCAUCGAGGACAUCUACCCUCCAGAGCGAGGCCUGGGUUUCCCACGCCGGCCGCCAUGGAACUACAAGAUGAGCCGCGAGGACUUGCUGAAGAAAGAAGAGAGGUCUUACAGGCAGUAUUUGGAUGAGCUGAACUCCGUAAACCCGCCUGGAUCUCUCAGCCACUUUGAGCACAAUCUGGAGACAUGGAGGCAGCUAUGGCGAGUGUUAGAGAUGUCAGACGUCGUCCUCCUCAUCGUGGACAUCAGGCAUCCGGUGGUGCAGUUCCCCCCAGAGGUGUACCACUGCAUCACAGGUGAGCUGAAGAAGCAGGUGGUGCUGGUGUUGAACAAAGUGGACCUGUGUCCUCCUCCGCUGGUGAUCGCAUGGAAACAUUACAUGACCUCACAGUUCCCCCAGCUGCACAUUGUCUCCUUCACCUCCCACCGCGGACAGGCCUACAGCACAGUGCUUCAGAAAAAGCGAAUGAGGCGGAAGGCUGACUGGAGCUACGCUGGUGGUCCCACAGAGAUCCUCAAGGCAUGUCAGGAGAUCACAGCAGGCAGAGUCGACCUGUCCAGCUGGGAGCAGAAGAUCCAGACGAAUGCUGUUGCCGAGCAACUCGAUGGGGAUGGGCUGGACGAGGACGCGGAGUCUGUACUGGUGGAGCAUCAAAGCGAUAGCGCCAUGGAGAUGAGCAACCCAUCGCAUGAGCUCUACAAGGAUGGUGUUCUCACUCUGGGUUGCAUAGGCUUUCCGAAUGUGGGCAAGUCAUCUGUUAUCAAUAGUCUGGUAGGGAGGAAGGUGGUGAGCGUGUCCCGGACCCCAGGCCACACCAAAUACUUCCAGACCUACUACCUCACCCCCACAGUCAAACUUUGCGACUGCCCUGGACUCGUCUUCCCCUCCUGUGUGGAUAAACAGUUACAGAUCCUAGCCGGAAUCUACCCGGUUUCCCAGCUGCAGGAGCCUUACAGCUCAAUCGGUUAUCUGUGCGAAAGAACCCCUUUCCUCUCCGUGCUGAAGCUCAAACAUCCCAAUUUGCAAGAAUUUACCACCCAAGGAGACCAGACUUCUGAGGAGCCCUCCUGGACCGCCUGGGAUGUUUGCGAGGCUUGGGCCGAGAGAAGGGGCUACAAGACGGCCAAAGCCGCUCGGAAUGACGUGUACCGAGCAGCCAACAGCCUCCUGAGAUUAACCACCGAUGGCCGACUCUGCCUUUGCCUCAGACCGCGCGGCUACAGCUGCCUGAGAGAGCACUGGGAAAGCCACACCGACAUCCCUGACAUCCUUGCCCUCCAGGGAAGGACAUCUGAGGAGGACGCCGCAGGGAAGAGGGACGAUGAAGAUGACGGUGAAUCCAGCACUGAGCCCGAGGAAGAGAGAGACCGGGACGCGGAUGACGACGAUGACGGCGACGAAGACGAGGGGUUUGGACGGGCAAAGCGAAAGGAAGAUACGACGCCCGGCCUCACCAUCAACAUGUUUAAUGUCCUUCAGGAGAAUGAAUGUGAGUGAUGGAACAUGGACAAGCAGGCAAGAAGGUAUCCUGAUGUUUCCCCGUCUUGACUCUUUACACUCCUGCGUUUCUUCCCUGAAUAUGCAUUCCUUCUCAUAUCAUUUCCAAAGUAACCAUAUUUCUUCCUCCCGAUGCUAAGGCUACUAUUGUGAGUUUUGAUUUGUCUGAACUAUUAAGCAGGAAGAAGCUAGUAAGCAUGCCUGCUGAUGAUACCGUAAGACACCAUUAGCUUCUGCCUCUUGCAGUUCAAGAAAAUCCCACUAGGUGGCAUAAGGUACUGAACAAAAACACCUUAGAGUUGCAGCAAACAUAAUGCCUCCAUCUAUUUUUUCAAAAACAUGCUGCAAAAUCACAACAGACAAGAAAAAAAAAUGCGUAAUUGAAUCAUUAUAUUUGCAGAACAUUAUUUUUCUAUUCUAUGCUGUGCCUCAGUUCUGCUUGUUCAGGCACAAAGCUUUCACCAUGGGCGGGGUUUGUUUUUGGGUCUUGUUCUCAAAGGCAAUGUAGAAAAACAACUCGAGUCUGCUUUAGGGUGAGGCACGGUAAUAAUGGAUCAUUUAAUAAUGUGUACCCUGUGGAAUUGUAUGCUAAUAAUCACAGCAAUGGAGGAAAAAUAGAGUGAUAUACUCGACAGUUGACAGCAACCAGUAGAGGCACCGUUGAUGCAGUCUUAGAUCAUGAUGACUCCAUUUGAGGUGUCCAAAAUCCUGGUUAUUGGUUCAUAGUUGUUUUUUGCCUAUGGCACAUUGUUAAAAGUUAAAUAUUUGAACAUCAUGACAGAGAAUGCUAAAAAUUCCAAAAAAUGAAAGGCAGCGAUUAAUUAUCAUGUUACGACAAAAUAAUAGGUAUGUUGAAGAUAUUUUGGCCUAAAUUUGAUUGGGUUUAUUAUAUGCGGUUAAUAUUCUUCUCAUCCUUCAAUUUUUGUUUGUUAAAAAAGUUUGAACACCACCCCUGAACUGCAGCAUAGACACAAUCCCUCUUGUGUUAUUCUGCACAGUAAAAACCUUGCAUAGAAACAGAAGUUCAGACAAUUCAGAAAAGUAUUCUACCGUCUGAUUCACAAUGAUAAUAUAGAAAUUAAUAGAUUUAAUUACAGAGAUUUAGUCAAAUGCCCAUCCAUCAUACUGUAUACUGACAUGUGACCUUACAGCUGACAUGCCAAAUGAUGCACAAAUUAGACGCUCCUUGCCUUUAAACUAUCAUUCACUGGAUUACCUUCUUAUUGCUGCUGGGGUCUUAAAAAAAAAUCUGUUUUUGUAGAUCACCAAAAGGGGAUAUAAGAGCACCAUUUCAUACUCAGGUCAGCAGAAAACCAGUAUUACCAGUUUGAUUCUCUCAAUAGGGAGAGUGUAGUGUUUCUGAGAGUGCUGUGAUCAUUUUGCUGUGGCUUUGCACAGUUAGCAGUACAAUACGGAAUCUAGUGUUACUCAAUAAAACCUGAUGUGUACUGUACUUGAAAUGUAAGCCUGCACAAUCAUCGCCUGAGUUUAUCCGCUAAUGUUUUGUUUCAACAAAGCACUUCAAGGAACAAAUAAACAUUUUGGGAGAAAUGCUUAUUUUCUUUGUUCAUAUGAUCGCUGAGGAUUCGCACAGAGCCAAACAAAACAUUAGCUUUUGACCAAAAUGUUGACUUGUUCCGUUAAACGCAAACAAGCAGGAGAGGGAGGGAGGCCAUCACGCCUUGUAUCUGUUCCAAAACGAUAAGCGCCCCGUCUGUUUUGUCAUAAAACGUAACUUUGGCAGCCCAGAGGGCUUAUCUUGUUUACCUGAGACAAACCUCCUCUCAAUCGCUCCACAUUAUCUUCUCAAAGUGACAAAAGAUGACUUUAAUGUAUUGUGCAGGAACGUCUGCCAUCGCUAUAACAAUAAGAGCUGUACCAUGCUACUGACAUAAAAGUAUAUUUGUAUGGAUUUUUUAAAAUAAGUCCCUUAUAUUUGCUAAUGGAACUGACAGGACAGUUAAAGUGUUUAGGACGGAUGCUUGUUUAUGAUACCUGCGGCAUUCCUUUCAUUACCAACAUCUUUCAACUGGACUGCUUUUAUGCAAUAAAUAUUGUCAUCUAA